GGGUUUUUGACAGCUGUAUUUGUGCUGAUAAGCGAAGGCACACGGAGACGAUCGACUAGUGAGACAAGAGAGAAGCGGCGGCUCGGAGCUGCUGAGAGGGGCUGCGUUUCCCUCCCGAGACGGCUCGGCCCUCCCGGCGCCGUGCUGGGGCUUGGGGGGGACCCGAGCCCCCUCCCAGCGCCUGGCCGGGCUCUCGGCCAGUGCCCGUGCCGGGGGGCAGCUCGCUGGCUGGGCACGUCGGCCGCGCGGGGCAGAUGCCGAUUGAAAUCGUGUGUAAAAUCAAAUUUGCCGAGGAGGAUGAGAAGCAGAAGGAGAAAGAAGAAGGGGAUAAGGAGAGCCUGAUCGAAGAGCCCGCCCGGCCCCGCUCCCGAGAUCUGGCUGCCUUUGCCAGCGCCAGCACACUGCAUGGCCUGGGACACAUCUGCCGGUCAGGGCGGCUGGGAGUGCGACAGACCCUCUGGGCAUUUGCCUUCGUGGCCUCGCUCGCCUUCUUCCUCUACCAGGCAGCCAAAUCGGCGCUGCUCUACCUGGAGCACCCCCAUGUCAUGGCCCUGGAUGAGGAGGCCAUCCGUGAGAUGGUUUUCCCCGCCAUCACCAUCUGCAACAUCAACCGCUACCGCCACUCAGCUCUCACCGAUGCCGACAUCUUCCACUUGGCCAACAUGACCGGGCUGCCCCCCAAGGACCGGGAUGGCCACAAGGCCACGGACCUGCUCUACCCUGACCCCGACAUGGCCGACAUCGUCAACCGCACUGGCCACCAGCUCGAUGACAUGCUCAAGAGCUGCAAUUUCAGCGGCGAGAACUGCUCCUCUCGUGAUUUCACUGUGGUCUACACACGUUAUGGUAAGUGCUACACCUUCAACGGGGACCGGAGGAACCCACGAGUAACUCGCCAGGGUGGCAUGGGCAAUGGGCUGGAGAUCAUGCUGGACAUCCAGCAGGAAGAGUACCUGCCCAUCUGGAGAGAGACCAAUGAGACAUCAUUUGAAGCUGGCAUCCGAGUCCAGAUCCACAGCCAAGAUGAGCCCCCCUACAUCCAUCAGCUGGGCUUUGGUGUCUCACCUGGCUUCCAGACCUUUGUGUCCUGCCAGGAGCAGCGGCUCACCUACCUGCCACAGCCAUGGGGGAACUGCCGGGCCAGUGUGGAAGGGGAGCAGAUGCUGCCUGGCUACGACACUUACAGCAUCGCUGCCUGUCGCCUGCAGUGUGAGAAGGAGGCUGUGGUGAGGAGCUGCCACUGCCGCAUGGUCCACAUGCCAGGUAAUGAGUCCAUCUGCUCGCCCAACGUGUACAUCGAGUGUGCUGACCACACACUGGAUGCAGUGGUGGAGGACAGCCAGGAGCGCUGCAGCUGCCCCACACCAUGCAACUUGACACGCUACGGCAAGGAGAUCUCCAUGGUGCGCAUUCCCAACAAGGGCUCGGCGCGCUAUCUUGCCCGCAAAUACAACAAGAACGAGACCUACAUCCGAGAGAACUUCCUGGUGCUGGACAUCUUCUUUGAGGCACUCAACUACGAGGCCAUUGAGCAGAAGAAAGCCUACGACCUUGCUGGGCUUCUCGGGGACAUCGGAGGACAGAUGGGCCUGUUCAUUGGUGCCAGUAUCCUCACCAUCCUGGAGAUCCUGGACUAUGUCUAUGAGGUGAUCCGGGAUAGAGUGAGCCGAGUCCUGCGUCGCUCUAAACCACCCCUGAAGAAGCCCUCAGGCAGCAUUGCCACUCUGGGACUGGAGGAGCUCAAGGACCAGAGCCCCUGCGAGACACUGGGCCGGCAUGUGGAGGGUGCCUACAACACAGGCAUCCUGCCCAACCAUCGCCACCACUACCCUCACCAGGGCGUCUUCGAGGACUUCGCCUGCUAGGACAGCUCAAGACUGGGGGCAGCAGAAAGCCCCCUGAUACCCCUCUCCCCACCAUCCACAUGCAGAGGGACCGCACCACUGGGUGUGGUGGCCACAGGUCCCCCACUUCCCCACCCAACCACGGGGACCGUCUGAUGUUUGCCCCCGGUGAUGCUGCUGAACCUGCCUUGGCACUGACACCAGAGCAGCCCCCCAGCCUGUUUACCUGUCCCCUCCAUUUGCCCCCAGUACAAGGGCUCAGCCCUGUCUCAAGCACAUGGCAUGGAGGGGGAUGGGCACACUAGGGUAGUGUGGGGGAGCAGUGGGUGCAGGUUGAAGGGGUCCAGGUGAUGCAGAGAUCACAAGAAGUGAGCUGGGGUUACUGUGAGCCUCCCCAAGCUCUCCUCUGCUGACUUCUCCUACAUGAGGAUCUCUGCCCUGCAUGGUCCUCCCUCAGGAGAGAGACGUGCCUGAAAUAGCUGCCCCCUGCCCAUAGGACCACCCCCACCACCUUCCUGCUGCAGGGUGGGGCAGCAUUGCAGGGCACUCCUCUGAGCAGCAUGGCCCCUUGGCCAGCCCAGGGACACCCCACCUGCAGCCACACCUGCAUGGCACCACCCUGACCCCUGGCACAACCACCACUGUGAUACCCUCCUCAAAACAUCUGCCCACCCUUCUCCAGCCUCACGCAGCCUUCCUGGGCUGCAACCACCCCCACUGCUGUUCCCAGCCAGACCCCUGCACUGUGAUGAUCCCCUCCCACUCCAUUGUUGGCCUCCAGUAGUCCCCAGUCAUUGCAGCAAUGCGAUCCUUCUGCCUCCCCCCUCUCCUGCCCCCAGCCCACCGUGACCCCCCAGCCCUCUCCAUCCUCUCCUUGCCCUGAAGUGGCUCGUCCCUUGGUGUGCCGCCCAGCACAGCCCAGGCAGUGCAGGGGGGCCCUGCCCUCACUCCCCUGCCUGUUGCUGUGCUUUUGCACUGUGCACGUACCCCUUGCCACGCUCCCACCCCCGGGGUGCUGAGCACCCGCUGUGCCUCCCCCAGACUGUACACGGUUAGGAGGGUGCCCCAUGCCCAGCACUGCCUGGACAGCCACGGCCCGACCCACUUUUCAGAGUCUUGACCAGGACCGGCAUCCACAGCCCUCCAGCCUGCCCCAAGAUGGCAGGACCCACAGCAGGACCCACAACAGGACCCACAGUACUCCUCACAUCCUGUCCAACAUUGCCUUCUCCCCCUCCACUGUAGCAGACACCAGCGCAGGGCAAACUGCCCAAAAUAUCUCAGGAGGGGGCGUGGGCUGGCAAAGCCCCCCUCGACACACACACAGCAGAGAGGGUGACCUCGAGCCAGGACUGUGGGACAUCCAGGGAAGGCUGAGGUUGGGCCAGGUGGCUCCUGGCCCUACUGGUUUUCUUCCCAUCUCCGGUGCCCACAGACAGAACACGUCUGUGUCAGCCGUGUCCAAGCCAUAGGUGCAGGAGGAGCCAUCAUUCUUGCAGCUCCCAAGGCCCUACACAUGGGGGGAUUGUGAUGUACUUGGCAGCCCUGGCUCUGGGUACCAACAGCCCAACAUUUCCCCAAAAUAAGCACCCACCUGGAACUGUGUUCCCCAUUGGUGCAAGUACCUGGCUGCAUGGUGUACCCCUGCAGAGAGGGACACAGAAAGCAUCCUGGCAGGGCAGGCAUAGUUCUACUCCUCGGGGAGCCCCUCCAGAGGAUCCCAUACCAGCUCUCCACAAGUUCUACUCCCUGGGGAGCCCCUUCAGAGAACCCCAUGCCAGCUCUCCACAGGGCCUCCCUGCACUCACCACCCAAGUGCAAGCAGGGUUGUCCCUUGCUUUGUCCCCAAAGCAAGGUUGCCACACAUUAGCCCAGGGAUGUGCCAUGGCCGUGCCAGCCAGCACUACCACCAAGGUCUCUGCAGCAAGCAGGGAGGUGCAGGAUGUAGAGAGCCCUGAGCAGGUUGGGCAUGUGCACCACAGCGGGCGGGCCACCACAAGCACCCUCGUGCUGGAGAACUUGAGAGAUGUGCAUCACUGUUUUAUAAAUGUACAAAACUCCCUAAUAAAGAGGCAC